UUGGUUCUUCUGGACGUGCACCAUUGUUUCUAAUUUGUGUUUGUUCGCUUGACCCGCUGCUGCAUUAUCCUUAACGAAAGCCAAACAAUCAUGUCGGCCUCUGUGGGAAAGUAUGCCGAAGAACUCAUCAAGACUGCCAACUACAUUGCCAGCCCUGGGAAGGGUAUUUUGGCAGCUGAUGAGAGCACUGGCACUAUUGGCAAGCGUUUGGCUAGCAUUAAUGUGGAGAACAUAGAGUCUAACCGUCAAGCUCUUCGUGAGCUCCUCUUCACCUCACCAGGGGCCCUGGCUUGCCUCUCCGGCGUAAUACUCUUUGAGGAAACCCUUUACCAGAAAACAUCAGACGGGAAGCCCUUCGUUGAAGUCCUUCAAGAGAACAAUGUGGUUCCCGGGAUCAAAGUCGACAAGGGAGUUGUUGAACUGGCAGGGACAAAUGGUGAGACUACCACUCAAGGGCUUGAUUCCCUUGGAGCUCGUUGCGCACAGUAUUACAGGGCAGGUGCCCGUUUUGCCAAGUGGCGCGCAGUCCUGAAAAUUGGUCCUACUGAGCCAUCGGAGCUAUCCGUCCAGCAGAAUGCACAGGGUUUGGCUCGCUAUGCCAUUAUCUGUCAAGAGAACGGACUUGUCCCAAUUGUUGAGCCAGAAAUUCUGACUGAUGGAAACCAUGACAUUAAAAAAUGUGCGGCUGUUACGGAGAUUGUUCUUGCAGCCGUUUACAAGGCCCUGAGUGACCACCAUGUUCUUCUUGAAGGAACACUCUUAAAGCCUAACAUGGUCACGCCUGGCUCUGAUAGCCCAAAGGUGGCACCAGAAGUAAUUGCCGAGUACACCGUUACAGCACUGCGCCGAACUGUUCCAGCGGCAGUGCCAGGGAUUGUAUUUCUGUCAGGUGGACAAAGUGAGGAAGAGGCAACGCAAAACCUGAAUGGGAUGAACAAGUUGGAGGUGCUGAAGCCAUGGACACUCUCAUUCUCGUUUGGGCGUGCUCUGCAGCAAAGCACGCUCAAGAUAUGGGCUGGCAAGAAGGAGAACGUGGAGAAAGCUCAAGAUGCAUUUUUGGCAAGAUGCAAAGCUAAUUCGGAUGCUACUCUUGGGAAAUAUGCUGGUGGAAGUGCUGGUGGAUUGGCCUCAGAGAGUUUGUACGUGAAAGAGUACAAGUAUUAGGUUUUCUCCCUCUUGUGGCGUCUAGCAGAGCAAGGGGAUUGACUGCAAAAUGCCCAAGUGUAUUCAUUUGAAUGAUGUCUCCACUUUACGUCCUAGCAAAGUACAAAUCCUUGUUCACACUAUCAGAGUAUAUAUUCUGCAUAUUACUAAUGAAAUUAAUCUCGCCAACUCUACACUUGUGUUACAAUCUUCUCUGUAUGUCAGUCCUACAAAUCGUGGAUUGUAGUUUUAUUUGAAGUUGAAGAGCUAGAUUUCUUA